CACACACACACACACACACACCCCUCCAGCGGUGCUCUUUAUAAGCGCUCUUCUCUUGAGGAUCUCUCUCCAGUCUCUCUCAGCUCUCCUGAAGAUCUUCAUCUGUUUCUGAAUCUCCUGUUAAACAUGGCACCAGUCGGAUCAAAGAGGGGUGUGCUGGAGCGCCUGGGCUCCGGUGAGGUGGUGAUUGGAGACGGAGGGUUCGUGUUCGCUCUGGAGAAGAGAGGAUAUGUGAAGGCCGGGCCCUGGACCCCAGAAGCCGCUGCGGAGCACCCCGAGGCCGUGCGACAGCUGCACAGGGAAUUCCUGCGGGCCGGGUCAAAUGUCAUGCAGACGUUCACUUUCUACGCCAGCGACGACAAACUGGAGAACAGAGGGAACAAGCUGACUUUCACUGGCCAGCAGAUCAACGAGGCCGCCUGUGAUCUGGCCAGAGAAGUAGCCAAUGAGGGCGAUGCUCUGGUGGCGGGCGGAGUCUCUCAGACACCUUCCUACCUCAGCUGCAAGAGCGAAGACGAGGUCAAGAAGAUCUUCAAGAAGCAGAUCGACGUCUUCAUCAAGAAGAACGUGGACUUCCUGAUCGCCGAGUACUUCGAGCACGUGGAGGAGGCUGAAUGGGCCGUCCAGGUUCUGAAGGCAACAGGAAAGCCUGUAGCAGCCACCCUGUGUAUUGGACCUGAAGGAGACAUGCAUGGAGUGACACCUGGAGAGUGUGCGGUCAGACUGGUCAAAGCAGGUGCUGAUAUCGUGGGUGUGAACUGUCACUUUGACCCCAUGACCAUGUGUGAAGACCGUGGCCAUGAUGAAGGCCGGCGUGGAGAAAGCUGGUCUGAAAGCGCAUUAUAUGACGCAGCCGCUGGCCUAUCACACACCUGACUGCAGCUGCCAGGGAUUCAUCGACCUGCCGGAGUUCCCCUUCGGUACA